GCUGGAGGCAGGGGCUGCGGUGCCAUGGGGUCGCGGAGGGCCGCGGGCCGGGGCUGGGGCCUGGGUGGUCGAGCAGGAGCCGGGGGAGAUGGUGAGGACGACGGGCCGGUGUGGACUCCCGGCCCAGCCAGUCGCAGCUACUUGCUCAGCGUGCGGCCAGAGGCUAGCUUAUCAAGCAACCGGUUGUCUCACCCCAGCUCUGGAAGGAGCACCUUCUGCUCCAUCAUUGCUCAGCUCACAGAGGAGACCCAGCCACUGUUUGAGACCACACUCAAGUCCCGAGCUGUGUCCGAAGACAGUGAUGUCAGGUUCACCUGCAUUGUCACAGGAUACCCAGAGCCAGAGGUGACCUGGUACAAGGAUGACAUAGAACUGGACCGUUACUGUGGCUUGCCAAAAUACGAGAUCACUCAUCAAGGCAACCGUCACACCCUGCAGCUGUACAGGUGUCGAGAAGAAGACGCUGCCAUCUACCAGGCCUCUGCCCGGAACACCAAGGGCAUCGUGUCCUGCUCGGGGGUCCUCGAAGUGGGGACUAUGACGGAGUACAAGAUUCAUCAGCGUUGGUUCGCCAAGUUGAAGCGCAAAGCUGCAGCCAAGAUGAGGGAGAUUGAGCAGAGUUGGAAGCAUGGGAAAGAGGUUUCAGGAGAGGCUGACACGCUUCGCAAGAUCAGCCCCGACCGCUUCCAAAGAAAGCGCCGACUGAGUGGAGCGGAAGAGGCGGUCCUCUCCGCGUCAGGCCGCGAAAUGGAGGAAGGGUCCUCUGCAGCUUGGCCGGAAGGAGAGACUGAGUCUGCUCAACACCCAGGUUUGGGUUUGAUCAACAGUUUUGCUCCUGGAGAGGCACCCACCAAUGGGGAGCCUGCCCCAGAAAACGGGGAAGACGGAGAGCAUGGCUUGCUGACGUACAUCUGUGAGGUCAUGGAACUGGGGCCUCAGAACACCCCUCCAAAGGAGUCUGGGGCUAAGAAGAAAAGAAAAGAUGAGAAGUCUAAACCAGGAGAGCAGAAGCCAGAGUUAGAAAAGGCAGAAGGAAGCCAGUGUUCUUCAGAAAACGGCACCCCCAGUACAGACAAACCCAAUUCCAGUAGAAGGGAGAAGUCUAUGGAUACGCAGCCAGCUCAGACCCAGCCCAGAGGCAGGGUAGCACGGGGGCCUGGGCCUUCUGGGAUAGAAAGCACUAAGAAGACAUCCUCUGUCCUGGGCAUUCAAGACAGGGUCCAGGAUGUCCCAGCCCCUGCCCCAGCCCCGGCCCCGGCCCUGGCCCUGGCCCCGGCCCCAGCCCCUGUCCCAGUCCCUGCACCCACCCCUGUUCCAAGUCUCAGCUCAGAGCAGGUGUAUUUCUCCCUGAAGGACAUGUUCAUGGAGACUACCCGGGCAGGCAGGUCCCAGGAAGAGGAAAAGCCUCCACCUCCACGUACCAGAUUAGUUGGAGAGAGUCCCCCAGGGCAGGUACCUGUCAAGGCUGGAGCGGGGAAGGUACCUACGGUCUCCAGCCAGCCCACCUCUUCCGUGGUGCCCCCGCCCAUUAAGCCUUUGAACAGGAAGAGAUUUGCCCCUCCUAAAUUCAAAGUGGAGUCAACUACCACCUCUUCCUCAAGUCAGACUCCAGAAUCUAUGGCCCAGAGCUUAGGGAAGGCUCUACCUCCAGCCUCUACCCAGGUCCCAACACCCCCUGCCCGACGGAGACACGGCACCCGAGAUAGCCCCUUGCAAGGACACACAAGCCACAAGACUCCGGGAGAGGCUCUGGAGUCCCCAGCAGCCCUGGCUCCUUCUGUGUCUGCCAGCAGCAGCUCCGAUAUUGUCUCAGUAGAUCACAGCAGCUCUGGAAAUCAAGGGGUCACGGUGCCCAUGGAUAUGGAAACUCAGGAAGAUAGGAGGACGCUUGCUGAUGGGAGAACCGGAAGCAGGGAGAAAACACACACAGAUGGAAAGCUGCAAGCGGAUGGGAGGACUCAGGGAGAUGGAGCACACACUUCGCCGAGGACACAGGCAGAUGAGAAGGCACCGAUGGACAUUGUGAUACAAGGAAGUGAAAGACCACAGUCAGACAGGAGUUCAUGGAAGGAUUUGGUGACACAGAGAAGAGCGGAUACGCAGGUAGGACAGACGCAGGCAGGUGAGAAGUGGCAGCAAGACCCAAGAGAAGCAAGGAUACAGGAAGAAAAGGAGACACAGUCAGCGGGCAGCAUUCCCACAGCCUUCGAAACCCAAUCAGAGCAGCCGUCUGUGGCCAGCCUCAGCUCACUGCCAGGAGCUCUCAAACUCUCAUCAUCAGAAUGCUCUAGAGAGCCCCAGGCUAUAGAAUGUAUUGAGAAGAGCACAGAAGCAUCUUGUGUCCAAGAACAAUCUGGCAGGAUGCUGCGGUCUGAAGAGCCAGCCUUCAGAAGCCAUGAGGACAUGCUGCUAGGCCCCCCACCAGGGAACUAUACGUACCCACCACAGUUGCCUCCUGAGGGGAACCCAGAGCAUUUGGGAGGAGAAACCCAUCAGAGGCCAGAGUGGUUAGGUAAGGCCAAGCAAGAGGACAGCCUGUCUCAGUGCCCCAAGAAGGAGCAGCCCCAGGAGACCCUGUAUAUGGAUCUCUCUGGUGGGCAUUCAAAUAGCUUGAGUCAGGAAGUGCCCAGCAUGCCUUCUCUUCCUGGGACGGGCCUAACCAAUAGUCUGCAAGAGGAGCUACCCAGCACCACAGCUUCUCAGCCUAUAAGCACCGAUGUCCCCCUUCCCUCCAGGGACCAGGACUUGCUGAGUUCUGCUCCCACUCUGCAGCUGGGGCCAAGGUCCCCCACUCAGAGUCACCCACCAGAAGCCAUGGCUACUAGUAGUGAGGGAGCCUGUGCCAAGGAGCCAAAUGUGGACGGGAGGUCCUCAGGUACACGGAGCUGUGACCCUGGCCUAAUCGAUUCCCUGAAGAACUACUUGCUUCUGCUGCUGAAGCUAUCCAGUCCAGAGACAAGUGAAGCCAGGGCAGAGUCCCAGGAAGUGACUGCCACCGGAGGCUUAACUUCCUCCUCCACUCUGGUCCCCACCAUGGAAGUGGCUGGGCUGAGUCCCAGGACAUCGAGGCGCAUCCUGGAACGCGUGGAGAACAAUCACUUAGUGCAGAGUGCACAGACCCUGCUGCUGAGCCCCUGCACCUCCCGCCGCCUUACUGGCCUCCUGGACCGAGAGGUACAGGCUGGCCAGCAGGUCCUGGCUGCUGCCCAGUGCUCCCGGGGCCCAUGCCCCAGCCCUCUCACCAUCCCUGCCAUUGUGGUGGGUGAGGAAGGAUCUGCAGCUGGUGAGGGAGAGGAUUCCAGGGAGAGGACUUCCCAGGAAAGUGACAAGAAGGGCCUGCUAGAGGAGGUGGAUGGGCAAACAGCAGAGAACAGAACCCAGGAGCCCUGCCAAGAAGCAAUUCCAGGGGAGGCUUUGACGGGUCUCCCUGCAGCUACACCAGAGGAACUGGCUCUAGGGGCCCGGAGGAAGAGGUUCCUCCCUAAGGUCAGAGCAGAAUCAGAUGGAGAGGCAAACAAAGCUGAAGAAAGGGAGAGCCCCACGGUUUCCCCCCGGGGACCCAGGAAAGGCCUGACACCUGGGUCACCAGGGACUCCAGGGCGGGAGAGACGUUCCCCUACCCAGGCCAGAAAGGCCAGCAUGUUAGAGGUGCCUGGGACAGAAGAGCCUGCAACGGGAGAUUUGAUCUCCAGACCCAAAGACAGUGGCCUGGACUCAGAACCUGCAGUGGAUGAAGUCAAGCAGGAAGCUCUGGCCAAGCCAAGGAAAGCUAAAGACCUGCUAAAAGCCCCACAGGUGAUCCGGAAAAUUCGGGUGGAACAGUUUCCAGAUUCCUCUGGUAGUCUGAAGCUUUGGUGCCAGUUUUUCAACAUUGUUAGUGACUCAGUCUUGACAUGGGCAAAGGAUCAGCACCCAGUGGGCGAAGUAAGCAGGAGUGCAGGGGAUGAGGGGCCAGCGGCCUUGGCCAUCGUGCAGGCGUCUCCCAUGGACUGUGGUGUGUAUCGCUGUACCAUCCAAAAUGAGCAUGGCUCAGCUUCCACUGACUUCUGCCUCAGCCCCGAGGUAUUGUCCGGCUUCAUAUCCAGAGAGGAAGGUGAAGUUGGAGAAGAGAUUGAGAUGACCCCCAUGGUGUUUGCUAAGGGUCUGGCUGACUCUGGCUGCUGGGGGGACAAGCUCUUUGGGCGAUUGGUGAGCGAGGAACUGCGAGGGGGUGGACAUGGCCUUCAGAAGGCAUCCCGGGCCAAGGUCAUCUAUGGGCUGGAACCCAUCUUCGAAUCUGGUCGCACGUGCAUCAUCAAGGUAUCCAGCCUGCUUGUGUUUGGACCCAGCAGUGAGACUUCUCUUCUGGGCAGAAACUAUGACGUCACUAUCCAGGGAUGCAAGAUCCAGAACAUGAGUCGAGAGUACUGCAAAAUCUUUGCAGCUGAAACCCGGGCGGCCUCUGGCUUCGGAGAGGUGCCCGAGAUCAUCCCACUUUACUUGAUCUACCGGCCUGCAAACAAUAUACCGUAUGCUACCCUGGAGGAAGAUCUCGGCAAGCCCCUGCAGACUUGCUGUUCCAGGCAGUGGGGCUGUGCUGGGGCCCCAGCAGCAGCCAGCAGCUCCGAGGCUGUGCAGAAAUGCCAAACCUUCCAGCACUGGCUGUAUCAGUGGACGAACGGCAGCUUUCUUGUCACAGAUUUGGCAGGGGCUGACUGGAAGAUGACUGAUGUUCAGAUUGCUACCAAACUUCGAGGAUACCAAGGCCUCAAGGAGAGCUGUUUUCCUGCCCUGCUGGACCAGUUUGCCUCUUCCCACCAGUGUAACACCUACUGUGAGAUGCUGGGGCUGAAACCCCUCAAGGGCCCUGAGGCUGCCCACCCUCAAGCCAAGGCCAAGGGCUCCAAAAGUCCAUCUGCUGGCAGAAAAGGCUCCCAGCUGAGUCCUCAGCCCCAGAAGAAAGGCCCUCCCAGUCCUCAGGGCUCCAGGAGGAGCACUCCAGGCUCCAAGGCCACACCUCAGGCCUCCCAGGCAGCCACUGUUCAGUUACUGGGACAGCCCCCUGCCCAAGACAGGAGCUCUAAGGCCCAGAGCAUGCGGUAGCCCCACCAGGAGGCUGGGGGGCCACUACCCAAGAGCAGACCAACCAGGAAGCAGCUUGAACCAGAUGGAGACUUUUUUUUUCAAUUCAGGACUAACCAGAGAAGGUGCCCAGAGGAGGCAUGCUUUGGGGACCUCUCUGAGUAGUUUCACCUCAUUGGAAGGCUUUGGGCACAUGACCUAUUGGCCUCUUCUAUUUUCUUUAUCACCCAGGGCUCCCAGGCCCCAAGUGGGGCCCACCUCCAAGUGCCUGGUGGCCUAGGCCCUCGUUUAAGUUUACACUUGCCACUGCUGGGGGCUCCUGAGUCCUCUGCAUGAGUUCUGCACUCUGACCCUUUGCCCUAGUCACCACACGAGCAAAUGUUGCACUCUGGGGCCCGGUGGGCCAGCAUUUACCUUUUUACCCCUCCUUAUCCUGGCUCUUUCCCUGUCCUCAGGGCACUAGACUUCCUGUGGGGUCUAGCCUUGUGCCUCUCAGGGUUUCGUCUCCUUUCAGCUUCUUUGCCUCAUUCAUCACAGUUUAUCCUGCCACUAACCUGUCCUGAGUACCCCGGGCCCCAGAGCCUUCCCUCUGGAGCCUGUCACGUCUGUGUGCAGUGUUUUUUUUUUUUUUUUUUUUUGAUGGUACAUGUUGUCACUCUGCACUUACUUGUUUCCCAUGCUGCCUUGCACACACGCCCAUUCCCCACCCCAGGCUUUGAACCCAAUUCAGUCUGUUGCCUGCUCUUCACUGGCGUUUGCUUGUUCCUUUGUCCAAGGGCUCCUUCCAUCCUGACCCUGCAUCCUACCCACCAAUGUCUGGGUGAGGAAUAGACAUUGGCUUCACUCUACCUAAAGCCCUCUCUCCUGAUCUCCCAGGUUCUCUGCUCAGGAGGAGGGAGGCAGCGUGAGAACCUGUGAACUGGGGCCAGGGAUUAACUCUGAGGUGCCUUAUGCUCUGUUCUGAAAAGAGUGAGGUUGCAGUAAAUGUCACAUCUCUGUCCUCAAGGACUAGAAGACUGGGACUGUCCCUCAUUCGAAGGAAGGGGAGGCCCAGGGUGUUCCUGGAGGGUUGCAAUCCAUUCAUAUGCUUGUGUAGAGAAGAAUGUCUUUAUGUCUACCUCCAACCAUUUGCUCUUGAUCCUGGGGCUCAACUCUAGAUACUCAGGUGUGGGUUCCCAGGGAAUUUCUGUGCUGGGUCCAGCACCCUGGGCCCUUUCUAGUUACCCCUCCUUGAGACCUGGGAUGGGGUAUGUCUGGAGCUAGCCUGCUCCCCUUGCUAUGCAAUAAAGGCAGCGACUGUGUGUCCUGUUUGUUGCCCUCA